AUGGCUCGUUCUACCCGCACAUCUACCCUCAAGGCUACUGCUGCUGUUCCAAUUGAAGUGGAACCAACGUCGUCAGGCCGCCAGCGUACGCUGUCUGCAAAGCAACAACAAAUAGUCACGGAAAAAGUCCAGAAGCAAGUUGUAGCCCAGGACAAGGCCUAUACCCAGGCGCUUCGAGCUCAUCAAGCCCAAGAAGAAAUCAUGGGCUUUCAAAAGUUACCGGUUCAUGCGCGUGAUUCAUUGUCAGGCGAUGUUGAUGAAGAGAUGGGCCCUGAAUCCGAAGAUGAAGAUCAUCCUGCCUCAGCGGGAAAUGGAUUCACCGCUGUUACGCUGGCACCAAUCAUCAAAACAUCUGUCCGAAACGGACGUACCCUUGUUCAUCGGGUGGACCAGGAAAAGGAAAAUUUGAAUGCUACACCACUCCAAGUCCACAGCAACGAGGCCAACAAACAGCCACCCAAAUUAAUCAGACGUGUCACUGGUCAGGCUCGGCCUCCUGUGAUGAUUGGGCCUAAUGGAUCAGCACCACCACCUCUUACACCUCAACAGCAACCUUUUCAAGCUGCCGAGUCAGCUCCACAUCGCGGCCCUGGUCCCUACAGCCCCCGCUCCCAAUCCUUUUAUAUGGCUGGUGACGGAACCUACUAUCAGCACUUCGAUGACGUGACCAAGUCCGUCGUUGAAGAAGCCAUUUCUAUCUAUCGCGCUCAGAUUGGAGCUGUCGAACCCUACCCUGAUCGUGUUGAAGAUCGCGAGGCGGCAGUGGCGGCUUGGGUCGAGGCUUGCAAUGGUCGGGGAAUCCGCAUAGAGUUUGAUCAUGACAUAAUGAAAUUGAUCACGGCGCGUGCCUCCCAAGCCCGAGGGCAGCUGAAAACGCUUGCACGCCCUCUCGUCGAGGCUGCCUAUGGGAUCAGUCCCACGAAUGCCAAGCGCGACAACCGCAAUCUUAAUCUGGCUGAUCGCACUGGAUUAUACCGUCAUCCCAUCAUUCAAACGAUUGUCAACAAGAUGUAUUUCAAGCACAAAACAGACGACGGCAUCGUGAACCCAGAGUUCUCGGAGAACGAGGAGCUCUCUUUGGUUACUCUAGCACUGGUCCUCACUGUGAUUGACAAUUGCCUCGACGAGUGGCAAACAGGAGAACAUGUCGAUGUCCAGUUUUCAGCUGCGACCUACAAGAACAAGUUCAUUGCUCACCUCAAACGACUUGAGGACUUCGCUGAGAAGACGAAGGAUGCGAACAUCAUUUCGCGUUUGCGUAAGCAUCUGCUCAAAAUGGCGAAUUUUGGUACAAAUUCUAACAACGUUAGAAAACAUGCCAAGGCUGAUGAUGCACCUCAAGUUAUUCAAGCUGCUAGGGUCACCGAAGAUGAGGUAGAGGCAGCAAAGAAGGAAUGGGAAGGUCUGGUGUUGUCGGAAGAGGAGGAUUGA